UCGAAUUUUGUCAAGUAGCUCCGUUUUUUUUUUCAUUCUUGUUCGAAACAUCGUGCAGCAACAAUGAAUUUCUCGAUCCUCGUGCUUCUAAUUAUCGGUAUUAAUUGUACCAAAGCAUAUCAUAAAGUUAGUGCAACGACGGAACAUUCAAAAAUAAUUCAUAGAUCGUUACGAGAAACUACUACGAAUAGUAGCAAUGUGCAAAUACCCGAGAAAAAGAUCUCUUUGACGGAUAUUCUGUACUCGAAACAGAAUUUGACUAAAUUAGAAGGAUUGGAAAAAAAUACGAAGAAAGAGGUUUCGAAUAGAAAAUCGAAAAUUUUAAGAAGUUUGGCUUACCUAGCCGGUUUAACUGUCGGUAAUUUGACAAAUGCAGCGUCGACCGACGUAAAAACGUAUACUAAAUUUCCAUCGUUGAACGUCGACACAUCUCCUCUUGCCACGAUCUAUAAUCCUUAUCCAUACCUCACCUAUCCUUACAUAUUUGCCACUCCUGUAGGAUUUUAUCCCCCUUUGUUAAAUCUAUUGGACAACAAAAUUAUCGGUCAGUUGAAGGAGGAGUACGGAGAGGAGGCUCAAAAAAUUGAAAACAUCAAAAUGCCAAACAACGAGCAAAGCAAAAAUACAGAGGACACGGAAGCGGAGGAGAAUCAGAACGAAGAAGGCAAGUUUCCAUCUUUUAAUUUGUUAUGUAAUGCGCAGAAAGAAGUUAACGCGAAGCAGAGUAACACGUUGAAAAAUAUCGUCCAAGACAAUUCUUUUACGCUAGCAUUACGAGUCGCGAACACGACUAACACAACGGCUGGAAAUAUGACCCAUACUGACAAUUCGACUCAAAGUCCAUCUUUUUACUAUGGCGGAUAUCCACAAAAUAUACACGUUAUCGAUUUCACUACGAAAACGUACGAACCUUAUUAUCACAGUUACGGGUAUGGCAAUUAUGAUUUACCCUACAACACACCUAUACCCAAUUUUCACCUGGAUAAAACGUAUAUUAAUUAUCCCGUUGAUCAUUAUCCAUAUGUUGGUCAUUAUCCACAUGUUGAUCAUUAUCCAGGUCAAUUUCAUCAACAAAUACCCCAAUACGAUCCUAACGAUUUCAAUAGAUUUUCGUACACGCCUGACAAUAUACCAUCAUUCGCCAACAACGAUUUCAAACCUAUAGUGUAGAAUCAUUGUAAUGUCGUUGUAACGUGCAAUGUAAUGUAUCAACGUGUGUAAUCAUAUGAAAGGAUUUAAUAAAUCAAAUUUUUUUUUUCUAUUGACAAAUUAA